UCGGUGUUAGAUCUCUGACGUUGUUACCAACGUUGGCAAAGUGACGCUGCAUUUAUAGUUAUGUUUAAAGGUUCAUUUUCAUUCUCAUUGACUCUUUUGAGUGACUUAAAGAGAGUUAAAUUGUAGUGGCUUAAUUAAAUUGAUCUUGGAGCUGCGUGUAAGCUUAUAUAUUUAUCAGUCAAAUAUCAGCGUCGCACUGUUGGCGGCUAUGGUUCAGUAUAUCAACUUGUAUCUGUGAAUUACUUGUGAAGUGUGUACUAUCAUAAUGAACGAUAUCAAGAAAUUGAAAGAGCAGCAGAAGGAAAAACAUCCGGGUUUCUCGUCCUAUAUGGACUGUAUGUCACGAGCGCUGCUAACAGGGCUGGCUGGAUUUGCAUUGACAUUCUCGGCUUCGUACAUCGGCCAGACGCUUCUACAGAAACGUUUGCCCUAUAGCAGAAACGCUGUCAUACUUGUAUCCAGCGUACUGGCUACCGGCGUCUCCUAUAAAGUCACGAGUGAUAGGACCAAAGCUUGCCAGGCGGCCUGGAUGGCCGCCGAAGAUAAACACACGUAUCUGAAAGCUGCAGAACUGUAAAUCGUUCCUGAAACAUUGGAUGAAGAUCAAAAGAAAAAUGGCAGUGUCUUGGGUGCAGCGAACACUGGGUGCAGCCUCAGGUUGUGGUAGUCGCCUUCUUGUCGACAAUUUCAGCUUAAGGAUUCUCACCAGAAACGUUUAUCACUCGAAUAGUGCCUUAUGUUAUUUUAACAAACAUAAUGAAACUUUACGGUGUGUGGAUGAUAAAUGUAGUAAGGCCUUUUACUUAUCGAGGUUUGCGAUUUUCGGAGGUGUCGCAUUACCGUCGUGUAAUAGAUUUGCUGGGAUGCAUUUUUCUUCAAAGAAUAGAUUGGGUGACAGAAUCACAUUCGAUUCAGAUCCCGAGGAUGAUACCAGGGAAGAAGAAUAUCAGGAAUUAUAUAAUAGAUUUAUGCGCACAGCAGAAAUGGGGCACCAGCUACUUGUUAUUCAACCAUAUAUUAAAUGGGGUCCAUCGAAGAAAUUAAUUACGACUCCAGAACUGCAGUUGGAAGAGGCUGUAGCACUUGUCAGAACCCUACGCAGAUGGACAGUUGUGGACACAGAGAUUAUUUCGUUGAAAAAUUUCGAUAAAAAAACCUUUUUUGGAAGAGGCAAUUUGGAGAGGCUGCAACAACGAAUUCGGAAGGAUAAGAAGGUAACAGGUGUCUUCAUCAGUACAAACAUAUUGAAAGGCAUUCAGCACAAAGAACUUGAAGACCACUUCGGCGUUCCAGUUUUUGAUAGGUACACAGUUGUUAUCCAGAUAUUCCGCGAACACGCUCGUACGAAGGAGGCAAAGCUGCAGGUUGCAAUGGCGGAAGUCCCUUACCUGUGGUCACGCCUGAGAGGCAUCCACGAGACGGCUGCCUCUCGGCCCCAAGGGGCGUCAGCUUCUGUCGGCGGACCAGGCGAAACUUACCUAGAACUGAGACGGCGGAUCCUGUCUGGUCGGGAGCGCAAGCUUCAGCGCGCCCUGGAGAGCCUCCGCUCGCAGAGGCAGCUGCUGCGCAGCAACCGGCAGAAGCACGGCAUACCUGUGGUUGCCGUUGUGGGCUACACGAAUGCUGGCAAAACAUCUCUCAUAAAGGCCCUGACUGGUGAUGACAGGCUGGAGGCUCGUGACGAGCUGUUCGCCACACUCGAUGUGACGGUGCAUGCUGGGUUCUUACCGUGCCGUCUCCAGGUGCUGUAUGUUGAUACAGUAGGCUUCAUUUCGGACAUCCCGACACAACUGCUGGAGUCGUUUCGAGCGACACUGGAGGAUGCGAUGUUGGCAGAUGUCGUUGUCCACGUCAGAGAUGUCAGCCAUCCGGACUCGGAAGCACAGGCUGUCAAUGUGGACCAGACACUAAAGUCAUUUGAUCUCAGUCCAGAGCUGCUUGAAAAUGUCAUAGUAGUGGGGAAUAAGAUUGACUUGUUGCCUGCAGAAGUGGCCAGUGCGCACCAGAGUGACUGGUUGCCAGUUUCCGCCACACGCUGUAUCGGGCUGGACGCCCUCCGCGAGAAGAUAGAGGGAGCGGUUCUGCGCGCGACGGGCAGGACGUCGAUGGCCGUCCGUGUGCCCUCCGGAGGGGAGGAGUCUCGCUGGCUGUACAAGGAGGCGGCCGUCGUCGGCGUGAGCGUCGACCCGCAGGACGAGCAGUACGUCUACGUCAAGGUCGUCAUCUCCGACAAGCAGCUUGGCCAGUUCAAGCGGACGUUCCUGCGCAGGAGGUCAUAGUGCUUCGAGCGACCAGUGUGUGAGAGACUGCUGUGCUGCAGGUACCAAAAUGUGACACCUGACAUUUGCCGUAGUAUCUUUUGUAUUUAUUAUAAAUGUACUAUAUGGUGGAUUGUUUUUUGAAACUGUGCUUGUCACUUGCAAUGUUGCAAGAUAGAUAAGUAGCUGUUACUAAGUUAAAAUUGUUACAUGUAUUGUACACUUUGAAAUGUUAUAUUUUGUACUGGGUGCGAAAAUGAUUUGGAUUGUUUCUGUCAUGACACUAAUAUUUGUCAAACAUGGCUUGAAUUGUAUUAAGGUAUGUUUAUAACAAGCUUCACUCUUAUAAUAGGCAACUUGGCAACGAGUUCAGAGCACGUAGUUUGACAUUGGUAACACACAAAAGUGACAAUUGGGAUGAGAAUUACUUUUUGAGUGUGUCAUUUUGACUAUGAAGCUGACAUUUUUGGCAGUCUUCCAUACUCUUGUCGUGCUCUUUCGUAUUUUUGUUGAGAUGCAAUCUGUAGAAUUUGUUAUGUGGUUAGUAUUACGUUCAUUUUCCUUAUUUUGCACUGAAACACCAUGUCGCAAUGAUUGUAACUGUUGUACUGUAACUUCAGUAAAUGUUGCAGUUGUAGACACACCAGGUUUGUUUGCAGGUACUUUUGAAUAUUUGAAAUACUUUCAGGAAUGCCACACUAUUAAUGUUGUUGAAUUGUCAAUUUUCAGUUGCUAGUAAUGAUAUAUUGAUGUUGAGAAUACAUCUCUGCGUGACUUGAAUAAAUGCAAUUUGUAUUUGGCAAAA